AUGAAUUGGCAGGGAGUAUUUGUGUAUGGAAAUCCAGUCUUCCAGAAGCGAAGAAGACUAUGGCAGGAGUUAACGGUUAAUAAUGGGAGCAGGGAAGAACCUCAAGCGUUUUUGGGGGACUUUAAUGAUAUUCUAAAUCAAGAUGAAAAGGUAGGUCUCCAUCCACAACCAAGAAUUUAUUUGAAUACUUUUAAAAGGUUUGUAGAUGAGAAUCUUUUAAUGGAUAUUGAUCUUAAAGGGAGUAGGUACACUUGGUAUAGUAACCCAAGAAAUAACUUUGUCACUAGGGAAAGGCUAGAUAGGGUGUUAGUGAAUUGGAAAUGGUUGAAUAUACAUCAGAAUGCUAUUCUAAAAGCCGCUCCGGCCAUAAGUUCGGACCACUGCGCCCUUAUUUUGGAAACACAACCGAGAGAUCGGAUAAAAAAAGAAUUCAAAUUUGAGGCCUUUUGGGCUGAGCAUGAGGAGUGUGAAGAGGUAAUUAGAAGAAGUUGGGAGCAUCAAGUAGAAAACAGAAACUGGUGGAGUCAGUUUAACAGAAACAGGAGCAAAUGCAUAAGGGAAUUGACAGAGUGGAGCAGGAGAAAGUUCAAAAGAGCAGAUAAAGAGUUAGAAAAAAAGAAAGAAGAGCUACAUCAACUGCAGGAGGGUAAUAUGACAGACAGAGAUCAGAUAAAAGAAAAGAAAUUGAAGAACCAGAUAACUGAGCUUUGGAAACAAGAAGAGAAAUAUUGGGGGCAAAGAUCAAGGUUGAAAUGGCUAAAAUGGGGAGACAAAAACACGGCCUUCUUUCAUGCAACAACCAUACAAAGAAGAAUGAGGAAUAGGAUAGACAAAUUAAAAAAUGAGGCUGGACAUUGGAUUCAGGGAGACAGAGACAUAAUGAGGCUAGUAGAAACACACUUCACCAAAUUGUUCACUUCAGAAGGGGAUAGGAACAUAGAAGAUUGCAUAAGAGAAAUUCCUACAAGGGUUACAAAAGAGAUGAAUGAUGAAUUGAUGGGAGAGAUAAAAGAUGAGGAGAUCAAGAACGCAGUUUUUAGCACGGGAAGAUUAAAGGCCCCGGGACCAGACGGGUUAAACGGACUUUUUUUCCAAAAGCAUUGGGACAUUUUGGGUAAGGAAGUCUGUGGAGUCGUGAGGGAAAUCUUUGAAAAAGGCAGGUUACCAGAAGACAUAGGAGAAACAAUUGUGGUUUUGAUUCCCAAAGUUAAGCAACCGGAAAACUUGAACCAUCUCAGACCCAUAAGCUGCUGUAAUUUCAUAUAUAAGGUUGUAACGAAGGUUUUGGUUGGAAGGUUAAGGAGAAUUCUUGAUGUCAUCAUAUCUCCAGUGCAGAGCGCAUUUAUAAAAGGCAUACUAAUACAAGAUAAUAUAAUAGUUGUGCAGGAAGUUUUCCACAAAUUGAACAGAAAAGGAAAUAAUGGAGGCAAUGACAUAGCCAUCAAAUUGGACAUGAACAAGGCUUAUGACAGACUGGAAUGGAAUUUCUUGCAAAGGGUUUUGGAAAAGUUUGGCUUCAGCAGAGAAUGGGUGAGACUGAUGAUGAGUUGCGUUAAGAGUGCCACUUAUAGAUUCAAAAUCAAUGGAAAAUUGACAGCCAAGAUCCACCCUCAAAGGGGACUCAGACAAGGAGAUCCUUUAUCGCCCUAUCUAUUUAUCCUAGCAGCGGAAAGCUUUACCAUACUGAUGGAAAAGGCGUUGACUAAUAACCUCAUUUCAGGAAUUAAAUUAGCCCCAACUGCACCGGUCUUAACUCACCUAUUAUUCGCGGAUGAUUGUAUCAUUUUUGCUGAAGCGCAAGAAGAGGAGAUUUACCAAGUAAUUCAGAUCUUAAACAAGUACACAGAAGCAUCAGGUCAGAGAAUAAACAUUCAGAAAUCAGGUCUGAUCUUCGGAAGGCAGGUAUCAAUUCAGAGGAGAGUUAAUAUUGAAGAGAUCACAGGAAUGGCAUCGUGGGAAGAACCAGGAAAAUACUUAGGAUUACCAGCUACAUGGGGCAGAUCCAAGAACAAGGCGCUAGAAUGGAUACAAGAGAAGAGUUUAGAUAAAAUGCAAGGAUGGAAAGAAAAACUUUUAAAUCAAGCGGGGAAGGAGGUUUUGAUAAAAGCUGUUAUACAAGCGAUUCCAGUCUAUACCAUGAACAUUAUCAAAUUUCCCAAGUCUUUUCACAGAAAAAUCGAAUCAGCAAUUGCGAAAUUCUGGUGGACUAACUCAGGCAAGGAUAGAAGUAUUCACUGGAAGAGCUGGACAAGUAUGACUAGAAACAAACUGAACGGAGGAUUGGGUUUUAAGGAUUUUGAGUGCCAAAACACAGCUCUCUUGGCUAAACAAACUUGGAGGCUCCUAAAAGAGGAAGAUGCAAUAUGGGCCCGGAUUCUAAAGGCCAUUUAUUAUCCUAAUAGCAGCCUAUGGGAAGCGGGGAGAGGAAGGAACGCAUCAUGGAUAUGGAAGAGCAUCUUGGAAGGCAGAGAUUUUCUUAGAAGGAAGGGUAGGUGGAGUGUAGGAAGCGGAACAGGAAUAGAUAUUUGGGAAGAUAAUUGGGUGAUUGGAAUAGGAAAAUUGAAGAGAAUUGGAGAAACUCAGCAUAGGAAAGUCAGCGAGCUAAUAAGAGAAGGCGAGGGCUGGGAUUUACAAAAAAUUAGGGACAUUUUUCAUGGGGAAGAGCUUAAACUGAUAACUAGAACGCCCAUCAGCUUGAUCAACAAGAAGGACCAUCUUAUUUGGCCAUAUAGGAAUGAUGGACAGUACUCAGUCAGAUCAGGAUACCAAGCAGCAAAGAAGGAGAAAGACACAAAGAUGGAGACAACGCAAGGAAAAGCUUCAACAAGCCAUAACUUGAAGGAGAUUUGGAAGAGGAUUUGGAGAUUACCGGUUCCGAAAAAGGUCAAAAUGUUUCUUUGGAAAGCGGUGCAUGGAAUUCUACCAGUGAACGCAAAUUUACAUCAGCACAGGAGUAUACCAACACCUAUAUGCAGCAUAUGCCAAGAACAAGAGGAGACUACAGAACAUAUGUUGUUAUUGUGCCCUUGGACUAGAGCGGUGUGGUUUGGUUCUAAUCUUCAAAUUGUGCCUAAAGCUUCUAAUGUAAGAACAUUUGAACAAUGGUUACUGACUACAAUGGACAAAAUCAGGGCUGAGACAGGAAAUGAACAUGAAAAAGUAUUGUGCAACCUAGGAUGCAUAUGUUGGUGCAUUUGGAAGGCAAGGAACAAACACAUUUUUCAGCAAACAAAACUCAAUCCACAACAAACAAUAAUUCAAUCACAACAGAUUGCAGCAGAACACAUAAUAGCAACAAAGGAACUAAACAGAGACAACAAUGAUAUAACAGGAAGGAAUGGAGAGAAGAGAAGAAUCACCUGGAGGCCUCCUCCUCGCAGCAAGGUAAAAAUCAACAUAGACGCGGCCUUUCACAGGGAAACAGGAAUCGCAGCAUCAGCAGCAAUAAUCAGGGACUGGCAAGGAAACAUCAUUACAGGAAUAACAUCAAAAUUCAAAACAAUAUCAGUUUUAGCAGCUGAAGCACAAGCAUAUAGAGAAGCUAUUAUUCUCACAAAAAAUCUCCAGAUAAGUAACUGUAUAAUCGAAUCAGAUUGCUUACCCCUAGUUCAAGCGAUCAAGGCCAGAACGCCCUUAGCUGAAGCAGAUGCAAUAAUCAGGGACAUUCUGCUUAUGCUGGAAGAAGCGCCGAAUGUAAGAGCUACUUGGACUCCACGCGAAGGCAACGUCUUAGCCCACCAACUGGCAGCGAUGGCAGCAGGAAAUCAGCUUCAGAGGCGUUGGGCAGUAUCUCCGCCUGUACAGGUCAGGAACAUAAUCAGAAAGGAAGCCGGUUUCGCCAAUAUUCACAACAAACAUCACAAUCAAAUUCAAGACAACCAGAUUUCAGCUUCAACCAACCUUCAACAAGAUCGAAAUGAUGAACCAUUACAGGGGCGAGUGGAAUCUGAAGCCUGGGUUAGGCUGGUAGCACAGGGGGAUCGGCAACCUCAACUGACGUUUUCCCUAAGUCCAACGAAUGACUCCACCAUGGAUAAUAGCGUCACACCGGCGAAGCUCGAGGGUAGGAUUCAACCCAGAUUUCUGGCUGGGCAGAACCACGAUCGGCACAGGAGCGGCAGCGGAGGAACCACGAACACACGAUCACCAUUGGAAGGAAGAAUUCAAUGA